AUGAGUUUCCCUUCACUUGUUCAUCUUUGGUUUCUUGCCUUUGGUUUGAUCCCUUUUCUUGCUAGUGGAGCUACUCUGUUAGAAGAGGAAGUGCAAGUUAUGAAAAGGAUAGCUAAGACAAUUGGGAAGGAUUGGGACUUCAGUGUAGAUCCAUGCAGUGGACAAAGUAAUUGGAAAUCAUCUGUUCAAGUGAAGGGGUUUGAAAAUUCUGUCAGCUGCAAUUGCUCUUUUGCUAAUGCCACUUUUUGCCAUGUUGUUAGCAUUGUUCUCAAGUCACAAAAUCUUUCGGGCACACUCCCAAGUGAGCUAGUGAUGUUGCCUUACCUCCAAGAAAUUGACUUCACCCGCAACUAUCUUAAUGGUACAAUCCCUCCACAAUGGAGCUCCAUGAAACUUGUCAACAUUUCCCUUCUUGGAAACCGAAUAACAGGUCCAAUCCCAAAAGAAUGGGGAAACAUCACCACCCUGAAAAGCUUGGUCCUGGAGUUCAAUCAAUUAUCUGGAGAGCUUCCUCCAGAGCUUGGAAAUCUCCCCCAGCUUGAAAUAUUGCUUCUCACCUCCAACUAUUUUACUGGAAAUUUACCAGCAUCAUUUGCUAGGCUCACUACAUUGAAGCACCUUCGACUUGGCGACAAUCAAUUCUCUGGAACAAUACCCAAUUUAAUUCAGAGCUGGACAAGUCUUGAGAGACUGGUGAUGCAAGGAAGUGGUUUUAGUGGGCCAAUUCCUUCCGGAAUUUCAUUUCUGAAAAACCUCACUGACUUGAGGAUCAGUGACUUGAAAGGACCAGAUUCUCAAUUUCCACAGCUUAAAAACUUGACAAACUUGGAAACACUAGUAUUGAGGAGUUGCAAUCUUAUAGGGACAGUUCCUGAAUAUCUUGGAAAUGUGACUACUUUAAGAUCAUUAGACCUCAGUUUUAACAAAUUAACUGGACCGAUUCCAAGAACGAUCGGUAACCUAGAGAACAUUAAUAUACUAUAUUUAACCGGAAACAAUUUUAGUGGACCACUGCCGAAUUGGAUAGAUAAACCAGACUACACAGAUCUCUCAUAUAACAAUCUGAGUAUCGAAAAUCCAGAGCAAUUGACAUGUCAACAGGGAAGCGUGAACUUGUUUGCAUCAUCUUUGAAGGGAAAUAACAUGGGAAUGGUUCCAUGUUUGGGGAACAUUAACUGUCCUAAAACUCGGUACUCUCUCCAUAUAAAUUGUGGUGGGAAGCUUAUUUCUAAUGAAAGCGUUACAUAUGAUGAUGAUUCACAAGAAGCUGGACAAGCAAGAUUUCGCCGGACAGGAUCAAACUGGGUAUUUAGCAACACUGGUCAUUUCUUUGAUAGCAGCCGCUUAGACUACUAUACUUGGUCUAAUGCUACUAUGCUUGCUAUGGACAAUAGUGAAUUGUAUAUGGAUGCACGUGUUUCUCCCCUCUCUCUCACAUAUUAUGGAUUUUGCAUGGAAAAUGGAAACUACACUGUAAAUCUGCAUUUUGCUGAGAUAAUGUUCACGGAUGAUCACACAUAUAGCAGCCUUGGAAGACGUCUAUUUGACAUCUAUAUUCAGAGAAACUUGGUGCUAAAGGAUUUCAACAUUGUAAAAGAAGCAGGAGGUGUUGGUAAGGCAGUCAUAAAAAAGUUCACUGCUAUUGUGAAUAGCAAUACCUUGGAGAUCCGCUUGCAUUGGGCUGGAAAAGGGACAACUGCUAUUCCUUUUGGAUCAGUUUAUGGUCCUCUCAUAUCAGCUAUAUCUGUUGAUCCUGAUUUUACACCCCCAGUGAAAAAUAGAAGUGGCAUACCUGUGUGGUCCAUAGUUGCUGUUAUAAUUGCUGGAGCAUUUGUUAUCAUCAUGGUUUUUGGUAUAGCUUGGUGGAGAGGAUGUCUAGGAAGGAAAGGUACACUAGAAAAAGAGCUAAGGGGUGUAGAUCUGCAAACUGGCUUAUUUAGCUUACGGCAAAUUAGAGCAGCAACUAACAACUUUGAUAUUGCAUUUAAGAUUGGAGAAGGCGGGUUUGGUCCUGUUUACAAGGGUGUUCUUUCAGAUGGCACAGUGAUAGCAGUUAAACAACUUUCUUCUAAAUCAAAGCAAGGGAAUCGUGAGUUUAUUAAUGAGGUUGGCAUGAUUUCUGCUUUGCAACAUCCUUGUCUAGUUAAACUCUAUGGUUGUUGUAUGGAAGGAGAUCAGUUGUUGCUAAUAUAUGAAUACAUGGAAAACAACAGUCUUGCCCGUGCUUUGUUUGCGCAAGAAAAAUAUCAAUUGAAGUUGGAUUGGUCAACAAGGCAGAGGAUUUGUGUUGGUAUUGCUAGAGGUUUGGCUUAUCUCCAUGGAGAAUCAAGGCUAAAGAUAGUUCACAGGGACAUCAAGGCCACUAAUGUACUAUUGGAUAAAGAUCUCAAUCCAAAGAUAUCUGAUUUUGGAUUGGCCAAGCUUGAUGAAGAGGGCUACACCCACAUAACUACUAGAGUAGCUGGCACCUAUGGAUAUAUGGCUCCUGAAUAUGCAAUGCAUGGUUAUUUGACUGAUAAAGCAGAUGUUUAUAGUUUUGGAAUUGUUGCCUUGGAAAUUGUCAGUGGAAAGAGCAAUUCCAUGAACUGGCCAAAGGAAGAUUGCUUCUGUCUUGUUGAUUGGACAAAUGACUUGAAAGGAAAAGGCAAUGUAAUGGACCUAGUGGAUGAGAAGUUAGGCGAAGACUUCAACAAAGAGGAAGUAAUGGUCAUGAUCAAUGUGGCUCUUCUAUGUACACAAGUUUCUCCGAUGAACAGACCCACCAUGGCUUCAGUUGUAAGUAUGCUUGAAGGCAAAACUAUGGUUCAAGACACGGUGUCAAACACAAGCCAGGUAUUGGAUGGAAAGAAGCUGGAGGUAAUCCAACAGUAUUACCAUCUGAGAGGAAAAAAUAAGAUCCUUGAGACUCAAGAGGAGAGCAUUUCAAUUGGUGAAACUUCAGCAUUUAUGACUGAAACAGAUCUAUAUUCUGUCAACCUGGAUUCUUCUUACUGGGAAAAAUGUGAUUAG